AUGCACUUGCGAGAUGCGCUGUUGGCGUCGCUGGCCAACUUGCCAGGCUCUCGCGAAUUCCACCUCCAUGUACUUGUAUCGUCGCCCCGGAAACACUCCAACUUGUACCCGUUCGCUUCUCAACCUCGGCUCAGGACGUAUUUGCAGGACAUUCUCAUCCUGCUGUCUGAACAGGCGAACCCGGAUGCACGUAGACUGUUCGUCUCUGCCAUAGAGGCAUCCGUGUACCAUAUACCAUCCACGUCCAGCGCCAUCGUGUAUGUCUCCAAGGUCGACUCGACCGGCCAAGCAACAGCACCAUCGCCAACUUCUACUCUCGUCCGCGCCUUUCUGUCAUACUAUACUAAUCCCUCAACCAGACCUCUUCCUGUAGACCACCUAUGGGUCCACUUGUUCGCGCGUGCUCAGAGCCAGUAUCUUUUCCCCAACUCUGCCGAAUUUCCCGGGAAAAAACCGCUGACGGAUGUGAAACUUUGUGCUUGGUGGAAACGCCAGCUCACUGGCGUAGCGGAGGAACUGGAACUGAGCGCCAAAGCCAACGGUACAGGUACAGUUUCUACGAGACUGUACUAUCUGCUGCCUGGCCUGGGCGAGUUGGAAGCUUCUCACUCGCUCGAGAACGCCUACGCAUCUUCUUCUUCGUCGUCCGUGACUUGGAUCUAUGGGCACCCAUAUUCCCAAACUGACGUCCCACUGCCUGGUGUCUCGAACCGAAAUACUGGCACUGCUGCACCUCAUAUAGGCCAGAUCAUCCCCUGGUUUGAUGAUGACCCCAAAGCCCGGUUCAUAGACGAUAUAGCAUACACCACUGAGGUGGACGGCGUCAAAUCUCCAGAACGAAAACGACCCCGGAUAAUCGAGCGCAGCGGGUCGAGGGUUGUAGAUGAGGAAAUGCAGGACAAGCCCAAGGUGGUGGACAAAAAAGACGUGCACAGCCAAAAGGAGGAACAAACUACGAAGGUGCUAAGAAAGGUGUCUGUAAGCGAAUUCUGGGAACGAAUGUCGUUCCGUCAGGAGUGCAUUUCAGGGGCGGUUACCGGUUUCUUUGUUAUGGCAGUAUUGUCCAAUUUCCCUCAGGCCACGACACGUAGCGAGCCAUCCCCAUUGGCACCGCAGCCAGGCCAGGUUGCUCCUCAGCUGAUUAAACGCGUGUUAACUUCCCUCAUGACUGGACACGAGUUUCCGUCUGUGGAACGGGCCGCAUGGUCUACAAAAGUCCUGGAAGAGUCUAUCAGAGGGCUUUGCGACGGUCUGAAGACCCUCCCAGUGGCAAUCGCUAGCGGAAAUGUAGCUGGUUCGGGCCGUACCCCGCCGGAGCCUACUCUAACCUGUGCUACCACCCCCCAAACGCCUCCCCCCCUGACUUCGCUAGAGACGUACAACGCGUAUAUUCACGGUUCACUUAUCCGUAAAACGCCUGUAGAUGGAGGUGAUGAUGGCGAAGUCAAGGUUACCGUCUUGACUGUUCGACGGAAGAAACGUGCGAAACCUUAA